ACAUAUUGUAAACACGAUAGGUCGCAAGUAUUAUUUUCUCUUCAAUAUAAAAGAUUAACAAACGAAUUACUUCACAAUGGAGGAAAUUUUAAACGAUUCCGUAGUGACCGAUGAAUUGGAGAGAUUCGAGAAAAAAUACAACCAAGAGCGUAAGGAAGGUGCCGUUUCGACCACAACACAGUUCGAAUAUGCGUACUGCAUGGUGCGGAGUGACUUUGCCAGCGAUAUGAAAACGGGACUUGUUCUACUGGAGGACCUGUUCGUAAGACAUCCAGAAGGGCGGCGUGAUUAUCUUUACUACAUGGCAAUCGGGCAUACACGGCUAAAGGAAUAUUCAGAAGCAAUGAAACACGCACAGGCCUUUCUGGAAAUUGAACCGAACAAUCAGCAGGUGAUAGCGUUGGAGGAGUUGAUUGGGAAACGCAUGGACAUCGAAGGGAUGAAGGGUGUUGCCAAGGCGACCGGUGCGGUACUCGUGGUCGGUGGCAUUUUAGGGCUAGGAUUGGCGCUGCUGAAGAAAUGAAAAUCACCCCGCUAAGCCCUGGAGCCGAUACUGCGUGCUGGUAGGGCUUUCUGUUUCCCGUAAUUGCAGAGUGUUGCGAGUUUCAGUAUAGGAGUUGCGGUAAGGUUUUACGGAAUUAUCUUAGGUUUUAGCAUCCUUCCCUAGAUUAUUUCAAAGUUCCGAAUUAUGAUUGUAUUGCGUAAUCGUGUACUAUUGUUGCUGCAUACUUUCUCUCGAAACACUUAGCUUUUUACGUACAAUUGAAUCAGUGUAUAAUGUUAUCUUAUGGUGGAAAAGAGCAGCUAUAUAUUCUUUGCACUUGUAUCAAUACCGAAGUAGCUAAACAAAGCUAAACAAGUCUUUCAAACGGAACCUUCAAGCUGUUUAAUCAGCUUCCCAAAAGUUUGAAGAUGGGUUCUCGUUGCCUUUGGUUCUCUUCGUGCGGUGAUUGUAAUUGUUUUAUUUUGUUUGUUGUAUUAUUGUUUCAUUAUUGUCAAACUUCAAUAUGCAUGUUGCUAUCAAAAGGAGUCUGGAAAUGUCAGCAAGAAAGAAUGAAAAAUUGUUUACUAGAAAUAAGGUGACUACUACAAAUGGUCUGUCUCAUACAACAUGGCCGCACAUGCACAGGAUAACGAAUAGAAAAACAAAUGGAAAUUUAGGAUUGUACCAGGCAGACAGGAGAAAUUUUGAAUGUGUGAGCAAACAUUGUGGAACGUUUAUAUGUUUCGAUCAUGUACACCAAAUCUAUUGCUAGUGUGCUCGCUAAAGAUACAACCCUGGUGGUAUAAAUGUGUUGUUAUUAAUAAUCAAUUCAAAUAUAGACAUAUAUAUUA